GGAGGCGGGGGCUGAGGGCGCCGGCCGCCGAGCAGGAGGCGGAGGCCGUGGCCCAGAAGCCUCCGGCGGCGGCUGGCAGGCGCUGGGGGCGCGGGCAUGGCGGGCUGGUGGCGGGUACUCCCGCGCGCCGCCGGGCGCUACCCUUGGCCCACGAACGUGCUGCUCUAUACCGCGCUCUUCUCGGCUGGCGACGCGCUGCAGCAGCGGCUGCGGGGCUGCCGGGCGGACUGGCGGCAGACGCGGCACGUGGCCACGGUGGCCGUGGUCUUCCACGGAAACUUCAACUACGUGUGGCUGCGCCUGCUGGAGCGCGCGCUGCCGGGCCGCGCGCCGCGCGUCAUCCUGGCCAAGGUGCUGUGCGACCAGGCGCUUGGCGGGCCGGUGGCCGUCUCUGCCUUUUACCUGGGUAUGAGUAUUCUCCAGGGGAAGGAUGACAUAUUUUUGGACUUGAGACAGAAAUUCUGGAAUACAUAUAAGAGUGGUCUGAUGUACUGGCCUUUUGUACAGCUCACCAACUUCAGCCUCGUUCCUGUUCCCUGGAGAACAGCUUACACCGGACUCUGCGGCUUUCUGUGGGCCACCUUCCUCUGCUUUUCACAACAGGGUGGUGAUGGCACACUGAAGUCAGCUUUCGCUUCUCUUCGCACAAAGGGGACAAAUGAAGUUGAAAGCCCCCCAGAGAAAUGACAAGUCAAGAACUCCCUGAAAGGGACUAAUUUUUUCCCCUUAAAUGCAGUGGACCUGCUUGCAGAAGAAAUACUCUCCUUACCAGUUAUGUGCUCCCUUUUGAAGAACUACUAUUCUGUAGACCCACCUGGGUUGUCGUCCCCCCCAAGUUUGAGACCCAGUUGUUUUUAAUUAGCAGUAAUAAUUUUCAGUCUUAUUCAAAUCUUUUUUUUUUUCAUUCUAAUCUGAAAGUAUUACUUCUCUAAUUUUCCCUUCUCUAAUACUUUGGUUAGUAUUAGGAACAGUGACAAAGUGGCAUUUUAUACUCAUUACUCUUUCUAGUCCACUAUUUCAUUGCCAGUUGAUUUAAGGCAUUUCGAUUGUAUACAUCGCUUCUAAAAAACCUCAGGUUGUCUCCUAAAUGCUUCUGGAUUACCUUUUAUACAGUCCUUAGAGUAAAUUUCUAUUUAUACAGCAUUGAAUGACCAGGUUUCCCACUAAAAUACUGUAUAAUAAUUUAUUGUUAUGCAAUACUAAAGAGCUGCAAGUACAUUUUAUAUAAAAAAAUAACUAGUCAGUGUGUCCUAUAUAGAGUGUAUUUUAUGGAUAUCUUCUACUUUUAUAGUUUUUAAACAUUUUUUGGUUAAUGUUUUUUAGUUUUCAGCAUAUUCAUUUGGCUCAAUACCCCAUUUCUUAGACAUGUACAAAAUACAAAAAUAAUGUACUCAAUAUUUGGCUUUUAAAAGAAAUAUAUUGAGUGAAAUUUCUAAAAAAAAUUAAACAGUUCUUCUGGAAAGAACUGUAUAAAGUUCCAGGGAAAAUAGUUACUUACCCCCAAAUUCAUACUGAUGUUACAGUUUUUAAAAGUAGUGCUUUGGAGUUCCUGCCAUGGCACAGCGGAAAUGAAUCUAACCAGGAACCAUAAGGUUGUAGGUUCAAUCCCUGGGCUCGCUCAGUGGGUUAAGGAUUUGGUGUUGCCGUGAGCUGUGGUGUAGGUCGGCAGCUGUAGCUCCAAUUCUAUCCCUAGCUGGGAAUCCAUAUGCUGCGAGUGCAGCCCUAAAAAGCCAAAAAACAAACAAACAAAUAAACAGUAGUGCUUUCACAUAAAUCUUUACAGAUCAUCUUUAAGGUAGACAUGAGAAAUUCAAUCCAGUUUUUCAGAUUGACCCAGUUUUUUGAACUUCAAAACCAGUGGGUUUAACAAUUAUGUGAGUAUUUCAAGAAGUUUUAGCAAUUUUCACCCAAGAGUUGUGUUGCUCUUCUGUUGAUUUCAAUGGAGUGUUUCACAAAUUUGAAGGUGUGAAGCACUGAGAUGUUAAUAUAUUUAUCUUGAGAAUUUGUAUUUAAGAAUAUAUAUUCUAAACAUUUUAAGUAUAUAAUUGAUGUUAGUUGUAAUAUAAAUUUGUUAUAAGUAUAUAACUCUUAAGUACAUGAUUUAUUUGAAUUUAAUAGAUAUUAAUAUAUUUUACAUUAUUCAGACAAGAGUAAGAUAAUUUCUAGUUUAAUUCUAAAUUGUUUUUUGCAUAGUCUUAAAAGUAGUUCCUAUAACGGAAAAGCUACUUCGCAACACCUAAGUCAUGUUUUAGUUAAAAAGUAUAUCCAGGAGUUCCCGUUGUGGCUCAGUGGUUAACAAAUCUGACCGAUAUCUAUGAGGACGAGGGUUCGAUCCCUGGCCUCUCUCAAUGGGUUAAGGAUCCGGUGUUGCCGUGAGCUGUCGGGUAGGUCAGAUCCCCCGUUGCUGUGGCUGUGGUGUACGCCAGCAGCUAUAGCUCCAAUUCGACCCCUAGCCUGGGAACCUGCAUGUGCCUCGGGUGCGGCCCUGAAAAAAGAAAGACAAAAAAAAAAGUAUAUCCAGAGUAAAUAUGGUAAGAACAACCUGGCAAUUUUUUAGAUGAGCUUCAGCAUUACUUACGGUGGAAGAAGCGUGUUUGGGAAACAAAUCUUGUUUACACUGUCAAGGGGGAAAAGCUUAUUAUUCAUAAACUGUGAUAAUCUGUACUCAAUAAUGUGUUCCUCUGGGAAAUCCCUGGUGGCCCAGUGGGUUAAGGAUCCAGCAUUGUCACUGCUGUGGCUCAGGUUGUGGCUGUAGCACAGGUGUGAUCCCCGGCCAAAAAAAAAAAAAAAAAAGUGUUCCUAUGUACUGUAGGGAAUAUGUAGCCUAUGUCCUCUGAAUUUUUGCAAAUAAUAUCUUUAAUUUUCAUGUGCUUUUGUGUUUUAGUGUUAGAAAUGGAAUUUAUCCCAAAUAAUGGAAUGUUUGUUUUAACAUGCUGCCAUUCUUUGUAAAUCACACCCUUGACCCUCCACGGUUAGAACAGAGCAGGUGGCUCCUAUUCCAGAUUUCCCGUCCCUAAGGUUUCUUUAACUUGUUUGUGCGCUGCCUCAGCAUGUUCUUCUGGCCCCUUGGUUGAUGAGCAAGGGCAAAACCUUUCAUUCCUUUCCCUUGACAGAGAUGAGGUAGACUGGAUUUUCCAAAUUUCACCUACUAUGUAGGAGGAUGUCUUAAGCAUUAAACAACGACAACAAAAAACGAACAGUAUAUUGCUUUCUGAUCCUGGGUAAGCUUUUGGGGUAUUAACCUCUGUAGUUCAAACGGCACCUACCCAGCUCUCCUCCUUUUCUGACUCUCUGAUGGCCUUGCAUGAUAAUACCAUUGGCCACCACCACUAGGGAGCUGUCCUGGCCCUGCUGCUGUUAAAAUCAAGAGUGCUUUUUGACUCCUGGUGUCCAUUUCCAGUCACAGAUACAGGCCUCUUACCCAGAUAGCUGAAAAGUGAUUUCUUAAUUCAGGGGAGAUCUUUCCUUCUACCUACCUUAUAGUCCACCAGUAUAACCAUAGUAGAUCACAUCAUAACCCGCAUGUAAAUAAUGUGUCAUUAAAGGCCACUGGAGGAUAUAAUGAGCAUAAACAACAUGGCGGUAACUGUUAAAAGAAGUUCAUGGUCUAGUUGUGAGUAUAAGAAAAAUGAUACUCAGGUCCUCCGGACACCUAUAAUCCAAUUCAUCAUUCAGUGUUUGAACAGCAUUCCUGACUAGUCAACAGAAAGCUUGACUGCUCCUCAAGGAAUGCCCCCCAGCCAUGGGUUAGUGAUGGCAGCAGUUAAGUACUUUGCAAUCGUGUUACCCUAGGAAAUCUGGGAAGGCUCCAUGGAGGAGAUGCCUGAGCUGGGUCCUGAAGGAUGGGAAGUCACAAGACUGCAGGUCUGUGAACCUCGGACCUUGAAAGAGAAAGCAAAGGAAAAGGCAUUUAAGUUCUAACUGAAAGGGAUGUGUUUGAAUAAUGUAGGUGCUUCUGUCCAGCUUACUUGAAAUUAAAAAUCAUGCAUAAUUUGUAGCCUAUCAGUCUUUUUUCUUUUGUAAGAGAAUUAAUGAAAGUUAUUCAUAAAUCAUGAUGGGUUUGGUGAGGAAGAAUUCGGCAAUGUAAGAGUUGGCAUUAAAAUUUAAAAAUUUUCUAAAAACACCAAAUUUGAGAGCAGUGUGUAAAAAUAUUUUCCUCGAAAUAUGUCAGUGAGGUGAUUCAGCAAAGUGAUUGAUUACCUGCCUGCUAUACAGUUGGUGAAAUUUGGCAUUUAGGGGUUUAUACACAUGCAGAGGGCUUUAGGGAAAUGUGAUCUUUUGAUAUACAUUUUAUUGGAGUAGAGUUGACUUACAAUGUGUUAGUUUUAGGUAUACAUCAAAGUGAAUCAUAAAUAUAUAUAUAUAUCUCCAUUCUUUUUCAGAUGCUUUCCCCUUAUACGGAUUACAGAGUAUUGCAGGUCCUUGUUACUUAUCACUUUGGGGGAAAACGUUAUCGUACUUACAUUGAUGCUUUUGAGGCCAGAAUAAGAAAACUGUUUACGGAUGGAAGGAAUUAUAGCUAAUAAAAGGCAGUCCAAAGAGGAAAGCAUUUUCCCACAUUCUAAUAUUCAUUAAUCAUUGCACUUUUGGUUUUAAUACUUUGAAGAAAACAUUACUUCUUUCACUAUAAAAUGUGUAACUACAGAGAUUUAACUUGGGUGUUUCAGGUUGUAGCUAAACAGGGCCUCCAAAUCAACUGUGUUAACCACAACCAAAUCCAAUGGAGAGUUUCUUUAACUGAGGCAGUUUACCCAGAAGUACAAUUUCUUUUCUUUUUUCUUUUUUUUGGUCUUUUUUUAUCUUUUCUAGGGCUGCACCUGUGGCACAUGGAGGUUCCCAGGCUAGGGGUCCAAUCGGAGCUGUAGCUGUUGGUGUACGCCACAGCCACAGCAACUCAGGAUCCGAGCCGCCUCUGUAGCCUACACCACAUGGCAAUGCCGGAUCCUUAACCCACUGAGCAAGGCCAGGGGUCAAACCCACAACCUCAUGGUUCCUAGUCAGAUUCGUUAACCGUUAGCCACGACGGGGACUCCCAGAAGUACAAUUUCUAACUCAUCCGUACUUUAUUCCUCUUCUAAGGAUUGUCAUCCUUUAGGAUUCAUUCAAAGCUAUUGAAAAAUAUUUUUUGCUUGGUGGGUAAUCUUUUAGUUCAGUGGAAUUUUAUGUGAAUUUUUGCAGUGUUUGCCAAGACAAAUUAUACCCAGAACACGCUUAACCAUAUAUCCUGGAGGCAGCUUUCAUUUGAAAUUAUGUUCAUCUUCUGAAAGUAUUAGAAAGUUAAUGGAUUUUUGUGCCUGAAGAUUUUUACUUUGCAUUGGCUACACGUAAUCUAGUUUUACCCACUAUAUUUAGAAUCUAAAGGAACCAAAUCACAGAAAAUGCAAUGUAAAAACUCAGGAAAUUUUUUCUCUUAACACUGUCAGUGGUGAAUAAGUGAAAGGGGAAAUGUGGAGUUCAAAGAUAAAGGGUGAACUUGGAGUUUCAGGGUAACAGAUGAAGAGCUGUGAACAGGAGCCAACCAAGCCGAUAGAAUAGUUCAUAACUCAGUUAACAUGACUGGCAUAUAUCUGUUAAAAGCUUAUCUUUUUUAGUUCUCUUUCCCGUUGUAAAUCUGUGUUUCCUUACAUCGUUAUUUUUUUGGCUGCACUCGUGGCAUGCGGGAGUUCCCAGACUGUGGCCACAGCAGUGACCCAAGCCACAGCUGUUGGAUCCUUAACCUGCUGAACCACAUGGGAACACCUCCUUAAAUCUUAUCCAUCCAUACCUGCCUUUCUCUUUGUCAAAGGGCCCUAACAAGCCCCCUUCUCCUGUUCUUCAUCCCUCCCCAGCCCCCUCCACCCAGAUACUCCAAAGGGACAGAGUACGUGAUGAGGUCAGGGACCAGUAUACUUCGUGGCAUGACAGCCGUGCUUUAGGGAGACGGUUGCAGAGGCCCCUCUGUGGGUCUUUUCUUCCCUCCAGGGUAAGUAAAGAAGGAAGGAUCAGUCCUAGGGAGAGAUGGGAAGGGAGUAACCAUUCUGGAGGCAGCGUCCCUUUGAAGUUAGGUUCAUCUUCUUCACGUAUUAGAAACUGGAUGGGUUCUUGUGCCCAAAGAGUUUGACCCUGCAGUGCCCCCUUUUUUUCAGAGACCCCCCUCUGUCCUCUGGCUGCCCCUUCCCUGCAUUCUGACUUAGUGCUGUAUCUUCCACAUCAGUUCCCAUUUCUCUUCUUCAUCUUUCCAAGCUCCCAUUCUCUCUCUGUGGCUGAUUUCAGCUACCUUUAGAAAAGGAGGUUUAUUGAGCUCAUGUCCUGAGAUGUGGAUGACAGUCAUUCUAGCUGAGUUGUGUUUUUAAUGGCUAACACAGUGAAUCUCUGGAUGGAAUUUUAGGAAGUACUGCUGUGGUGGGUGGGGGGUGGAGAGAAGUUUUUUUUUUCUUUUUCUUUUUCGGCUGCCCUACAGCAUAUGGGGUUCCCAGGCCAAGGAUCAGAUCUGAGCCACAGUUGUGACCUACACCGCAAGUGUGGCAACGCUGGAUCCUUCACCCACCUGGGGCCAAGGUCUGAAGCUGUGUCCCAGGGCUCCAGAGAUUCUGCCAAUCCUGUUGCACCAGAGUGGGAACUCCUAUUUAAUAAGAGCAGAUUUGUUUGGCAGGACUCUUCUGAUAGACUUUACCUUGUGCUGUCAAUUCCCCAUUGGAUUAAAACCAGCCGGGCAAAGAUCACUGCAAUGUAUUCUGAACUUUCUACAAUGGGUGAUCAUUACCUGUUUGCAAAUUUGUAUUCCCUACCAGAAUGAGCUUCUGGAGGGAAGAAUAUAUAUUUCUUCUUUGGAUUUGUAUCCAAAAUGUCCAGCACAGUGUCCAGCAUGUAGCAGAAAUUCUGUAAUACUGUUGAAUGAAUGAAUGAAUGAAUGAAUGAACGAAUGUAAUUUUUAGAUUUCUCAUCUGUUGCUUUUUGCUUCUGUACUGCUGCUAAGUCCGCACUGAUGGCUUUCUCAUCUUCAUCCCCGUGUUCAGGCAGCUGUCCUGUCUUAAGUUGAGCACAGCUUAGACCUCCAGCUGCUAUAGCUCCAGGCCCAGAAAAUUGUGUUUUCUUGGAGAUGGUUAUGACUUACAAGCUUUAAGGCCCUGGCCUAACUUGCACAUACCCUCCAAAAACCAUCUCUUCACACCUCUCCCCAGCUCUCCAAAGACUGGACUACUUGUCUUUGAGAAUUGGGUAGAGUCAUAGUAGUUGGGCCUUCUCCAAACCACUAAACUACACUUUGUGAUGGUUAAUUUUAUGUGUCAAUUUGACUGGGCCUUGGGGUGCCCAGAUAUUUGGUCCAACAGUAUAUUCUGGGUGUUCCUCUGAAGGCAUUUUUGGAUGACAUUAACAUAUAUAUUGGUAGACUGAGUCAAGCAGAUUGCCCUCCUUAAUGGGAGUGGGCCUUGUCCAAUCAGUUGAAGGCUGAAUAGCACGAAAAGGCUAGCCCCAUUCCAACUAACAGAAUUCUGGCUAGUUGACUGGGACACUGGCUUUUUUCCCUACCUUUCGACUUGAACCAUUGGCUCUUCCUGUGUCGUAAGCCUAUUGGCUUCUGGGUGGAAGCUACACCAUCAGCUCUCCAGGGUCUUUAGCUUGCUGACUCACCCUGCAGGCCUUGGGACUUGCCCCCCAAAUCAUAUGAGCCAGUUCCUUAUAAUAAAUCUCUUUCUAUACAUAAUGCUAUUGGUUUCUCUGGAGAACCCUGAGUAAUAUACGCUGUUAUGUAUGUCGAUUUCAUAGUUUGGCUUGUGCAGUGGUGACCAACAGCUCACAACUGUUAAGAGUUACUCUGGACAUCACUUUCUGGGACCCCCGAAAUCAUAAUACGUAGAUGGUCAUCCACUCCUACUCCACAGCCUCCACAGAGAGCAACAAAUUAAGCCCUGAAAAUGGAAGUGCGACCAGGCAGCCAGAUAACUGCCAAAUAACAGAACCAACUGCUUUUUCACCCGAGGGUGACAGUGGAUGGAGUUAAGUGUGUUGUCAAUUCUCUGAAUGCUGGGGACCAAGAAUGGAUGCCAGUUAGAUCGCAAGCUUGAUGAUGCUUCCUGGUGAAGGAUCAAUCGAUGUGAUUGAUACCCUACCUCAAUACUGAGGUCAGACGGUUGAGCAGACACUGGCCAUAUCAGAAUAUUGUCUUUUUAGUAUUCAUGGUAAAGAACUGUAUUUGUUCAUUUUCUUUUUCCUCCUUAUUUCCAUAAUUCUUUAAACCGCAUUUAAAAUGGAAAUACUGUUAAUUUAUUGUUCAUUUUCUAAUACUCAUGCCAUGAAGCCAGAAUACUCUUUUCAUGUUUUGAGUGGAAAUGGCUGUAAAAGCAACACUAGUUGCUUCAUUUUCAAGUUUAAAUUUUAUGUAUAAAAUGUGUAUAUUAAAUUUGUAUGAUGUGAUUUAGUGUAUAUGAAAAAAUAAAUGAAUUUUGGUUAAGCACA